AACGCAGCUGCGCGCGUGAUGCGUCCGUGAUACGAACGCUAACAAAAACACAGCAGUCUGCGUGGUGAAACGGCGGCUCGAAAGAUGCUUUAAACCUUAUGCUUAGUGCAGCUGUUUGCAUCUGCGCGUCGUUGUGUGCGUGCUGCUUUUAGUUAGCAUACAUUAGCUCCGCGGCUAGCGGAGGCGUUGCUAAGAUACUGCCACAUAGCCAGCGCGCGCCGCAGUGUGAUUGAUAUUAGAAACGCUCGCCUCGGUAUUAUGAACUCAACUCGCUCAGGAGAGAGAGAGAGAGAGAGAGAGAGAGAGAGAAUCGUGGAUGUCCUAGCAUCAUCGCCGCACAAACGCACCCAGAUUUAUGAAUAAAAUCGCCACCGUUCACAGCAGUGAGGAAGCAACUGAUGAGUGUUUUGACAGCUGUCAAUCAUUCGAGGAGUCACGUGUGCAGUGCCACAUCAGCGCUCCUACUCCGGGAUUCGGUCCCGCUUCCUGUCGCGGCCGGUGGCCCACUUCCAGACGGGAACACAGCGGUGCUUUGUCCGGCUCCAGUUCAACCUCUUUUCUUCUUCUGCUGCUGCUGCUGCUGCUUCUCACCUUUUCAUCGCGCGCAGGUCGUGUUACGCGUCUUAUCGCCGCGGAACAGGCUGAGCAGGAACUGGGCGCUCGGAUGGAUCCGGUUCCGAUUCGCCCUUGCUGCUGGAAUAUUCCGAUUGCAUAACAGAGAUGCGAUCGUCGCGCGCCUCCUCUUUGAAUUGCGACUGACUGAAGAGAAGGAUGGCGAGGAAGAGCAGUUAUAAAGAUGUGUCAGGAGUGGUGUUCGACACGCACUCAAAAAUGGUCAUGUCUCAAGGAGGAACGUUUGAGAAGAUGAAGGAAAAGAUAAAUGCUGUGCGAGCUGUGGUUCCCAACAAGAGCAAUAACGAGAUCGCUCUGGUGCUGCAGCACUUCGAGAACAGCGUGGAUCGAGCAGUGCAGGCAUUUGUAGAAGGCGGGGCCGUGGAGAUCCUGAAGGAAUGGAAUGUCACUGGGAAAAAGAAGCCUAAGAAGAAAAAGAAGCCGAAAGCACAAAGUGAUGUUCCCGCAGACUCUGCUCCCGCUGAAUCAGUUCCGGAUUCCGAGUGUCAAGAAGCUGUUAAUGGUUUCCAUGCCAAUGGUUCGGCGGCAGCUGAUGCCGAUUCACUGGAUUCUCUGAGCGAGCAGCUGGACUCCGCCUCCCUGGACGCUGCUGAGCUGGAUUCGGAAAUUGCCACCCCUGAGGUUUCAGAGGCCGCAGGUGGAGGCGUGGCGUCCACGUCGAGCCCCGCCCCUCAGCCCAGUACCAAUAACAGCGUGCGACAGAACCAUCACAGAACCGGUAACAAGUCUCAAGCCAAGUCUGUUUCCAGCUCCCAUAAUCCCUCUGCGCCCAUUGUGUUUGACGACACGCAGCGAGGUCCUGCCGGCAGAAAGUUUGGGCCUAACGUGGAUCGCUCUGUGAAGGACCUGCAGCGAUGUGCGGCGUCACUGUCCCGCUACAGAGUCGUGGUGAGAGAUGAGAUGGACUCAUCCAUCAAGAGGAUGAAGCAGACGUUUGCAGAGCUGCAGAGCUGUCUCAUGGAUCGAGAGGUGGCGCUACUCGCUGAGAUGGACAAAGUCAAAGCAGAAGCCCUGGCGAUCCUGGACGGCCGUCAGAAGAAAGCAGAAGAGUUGAAGAGACUGGCUGACCAAUCAGCAUCACUGACAGAGGAGCAGCUCGCUGAACUACGGGCUGACAUCAAGCACUUUGUCAGUGAGCGCAAGUAUGAUGAGGAUCUUGGUAAAGCUGUGAAAUUCUCCCAUGAUCUGGAGCCCCUCAAGUGCAGCAUCAUGUCGUUUGGAUCAGUCUAUCAUCCUCAGACAAGCUACUCCAGCCGUUCCCGUUGUAGCUCCACCUCUUCCUCCGUCACAGGCUCCGUCCCUGCCAAAGCCCCGCCUCCCCCUGAGCUCCAGCAUCAGGCCUCCGCUUACACAGGCCGUCCCAGCGUGCCGCACAAACAGAUUUUCCAGGGCAACAGGCGCAUUGUUCACGGUUACCAGGGCAAUCAGCGGUAUAACGGAAACGCGCAUCCCGAGCGAAACCCCGGCCGAAGCGGCUACCGUUAUCAGGGAGAGCGCGGCCACCAGAGCGACCUCAACUCCCAGCCGAGCAACAGCGCGAGAGGCUCCUCGCACUCCUCAGGCUAUCGUUCCGAUCGAGCUGCCCACAACGGGCUUCCACAGAGGCAGCCGCGGACUCACGGGCCGUGACACCGCGCGCGCACACACACACACACACACACACACAGCUGUCCGAUGAAGAGAAAGUCAAGUUUACAUCAGUUGAGCUGCUCUUCACUCUUCUGUCUUACUCUUUUACACCCGUUUGUCACAUUAGCGUUCAGUGUUAGUCUCAGUAGUUCCUGUGGUGAGUGUUUGCUCGUGGGCUUCCUCUUUCAAAUGGUCGAGGAAAGCGAUUCUCGCUCGAUGAUCAACACUAAGACGGCAGGCACAAUUUGUUCUAGCGGGCCGCGAGUCGUUGGCGUUGCGUCCCUGUUCGGGUGCUAAAGCUCAAGUCUUCACGCUCACGAUAUACCUCACGCACGUCCGCUCUCACGGCCUCAUUUCACGCCGCGCCGUUCUUCCGCGCUCGCCGUCGGCUUCAUUUGGCCUUCCUGAAAGACUGCGUUUGCGUGCUGGGACGUCAGAUUGACGAACGUCUGUUCUGUGCGUUCGAUCAGGAAAGCUUUUCGUUUGCUGACUUCGAGUCUGUCUGCGCAUCUCUCUUUUGUUUCCGAAAGCUUCACGUCACGACGAUCAGCGCUCUUCUCGGCUCAAUCUUGUAUAUAUGUAAACUAUAUGUAUAAUGUUUUUGUAGCCUCCGGCCAUGUAUGUAGUGCGAUUUAUUAGUUCUCUGAUUCGAGCAACUUCUGUUCUUCCUCGUGUAUAAGAGAGAAAGAGAGAGACUGGUUUAUUUUUAUUUUUUUUUUUUCCCAAAAUGAUCUGAGACCGCUGUAAUCAAGUGCCUUCAGUCAUGCGCUUUCACCGUCUUGUUCCUUCUGCUCCGGUUCGGACCAAAGACAUCAGAUGCUGUCGCCUGCUCCUGUCAUGCGAACUGCACUUGCAAACACUCAUUGUCUUUCUCGCUAUUUGGCCUACGUGCUUUUCCUUUAUUAUAAAUAAAGAAGGAUUGGUAGCAAAUGCUCAAACUGUUUGC